UGACUACACGUUUCAGAUCGGACAGUAGUUCACCGAACCCUACCACUACAUCUACACCUGUGACGUCGUGCAGUACAACGACGUCGACACCAUGUAAUGUCACGCCUGCCAACGUUGUCGUCCAACCGAGCGGUUGUUCGAGCGAUGACAGUGACAGCGAAGAUGAGCUGAGCGACGUGUCGGAGAGCGAGACCGAUCCUGACAACUACUAUUUCCUCCAACCGGUGCCUACCAGGCAACGCAGGGCCAUCCUUAGGGCAGCCGGGGUUAGGAAGAUAGAUUCGUACGAGAAGGACGAGUGUCGGGAUAUCAGGACGUCCAGGGAGUUCUGCGGGUGCGGAUGCAAGGGGUACUGCGAUCCGGAUACAUGUUCGUGUAGUCAAGCGGGGAUCAAGUGCCAGGUGGACAGAUUGAGCUUUCCUUGUGGUUGUUCACGUGAUAACUGCGGCAACUCUAGUGGCCGAAUCGAGUUCAAUCCUGUGCGAGUCCGGACGCAUUUCAUCCAUACGUUGAUGCGUUUGGAGUUGGAGAAAGAACGGGAACAGAUGCGUCAAGACAAAAAGGACCACCAACAACAUCUCGGCGGUGAGCAUGGUGUGUUCUGCGACCCAAGUGCUGGAGCCGCUUUGGCGUCCGGUUGGACCAUAACAGACAGCAGCGCCGCAAUGCCCUCGGACCAUAACGAUAGUAAUAAUCUAGGCGUAGGUGUAAAUAAAUACGGCUGUGUACAGAAUGGCGAUACUAGUGGUAGUGGAUUAGUGCCAGGUGGUGCCAGUUUCGCGAUGGACAACAUUAACUACGCCGCGGCAACUGUAUCGAGUAACGGUGGUGAUUCGACCAAUCAGCACAAUCAUCAUCACCAACACCAUCACCAGCACCAAUCCGGGUACUCGAAUCUGCCGGAUAGGGCCGAUUCCCUGGACUUGUAUACCUUUCGGGAGAAUUGCUAUGGAGAUGACGGCCAUGCGGAUCAUAGGAAGAACUUCCACUUCGUCCAAGAUCCAAGGUUUCCCCACACUUUCAACUCAUACCCAACACCAUCGGCGUCCGGCCAGUACGCGACUCAGCCGUAUUCGGCAAACUUCGGCGAGUUUUCGUCUGCGUUCGGUCCGUACGCGUACACCCAACAGCCGCUAGAUGGCGACGGGUUCCAGCCACAGGCCACCUACGAGCAGCAGCAUCAUUUUAAUGCUGAGAGGUUUUCGUCUGGGGAAUGCGCCGUUCAGAGUAAUGGGAAGCUUGAAAGUUUCACAGAUAUGUUGAAUGGAAGGUACAUUUAUCCCAAUUACGAAACCGAAAGCACCAGUUUCACAAACCUUGAGUCGUCGUCGACAGCGAACUGUAAUGCCAAUCCUGGAGAUAGGCAAGAUAAGUUUAACGGAAAUCUGACAAAUAGUGGUACCAGUGUGAAUGCGAGCACCAGUGAGAACACGGAAGAAUGCGAAGAAAACUUUGGAGAGAUAAUAAAAAAGUCAAUCGUCGAAACUGUUUCCGCGUAAACAGAAUUUUGAUUCGCCUAUGAAAAUGCUCCGAAGUCAAUGAUCUUUGCCGCAGAUGCUAUAGCAAGGCCUAAGAGUUCUGAAAUUAGCCUCAUAUGGACUUGUGUAGCAAUUUUAGAAGUAUACGUUUUGCUUCGUGAGAAAUAAAAAACUAUAAAAUGAAUGUCUCCUGAGAAGUAUUUGCAAAAAUUCAAAAUGAUUGGAACCUAAAACUAUUUGAUUAGGCAGCAACGCAGCAUCUUAUUUUGUAUGAACUGUCACUAUCACUGAUAGUAUUCUCAACAACACACAAGUGCGACAGAUAUGCUCAAGUUUAUCAGUUGGGAUCAGAUAUGAUGUUUAUAAAUGUCCUGUUCAUCAGAACGUAGCGCUCCUGUGGCGAUCACUUAGAGUGCUUGUCAGAAGAAGCUAUCUAACUGCUGAACGGUAUUUUGAUAUAUGUCACUGGGCUUGUCGUUUGUCAGCUUUCGAAUCUAAAAUAAGUAGACGAUCAAACAUGUUAUAGGUUGAGAUUUAAACCAAAGUUUCCGAUUUUGUAGCAUGAAAUGAGGCUCUGGCAAUUCAGUAGCUGAGCAGAAGUUGCUUUAUACUCGUUAGUUAUGGUUUCGUUCCUUCCUCCCAUUUCUCCCUGAUUGUUCAUCAGUUUUGAAAUUUUCUAUAUCAACUUAAGGAAGCUCUGCUGGAACUCCUAGCCAGCUGGGGCUUCUUGAAUCCUGUCAAGGGACAUACUGCCAUCUUAGUCGAACUGCAAAGGGAGGAUCCCGAUCUUAAGCAGGGGUGAUCUCAUUACCCCUUAAAUAUCGCACUAACCGCAAGUUUAAUGUGGAGUAUCCAACGAGGGAGGAGUGGAACGCCGGUAGCCGGAGAUUCUUCGGAGUGAGUGGGAGGGUCUGGUACACGGACGGCUCGGUCACCGAAGAGGGCUCUGGCGCUGGGGUCUCUGGGCCUAGAACUAGGCUAUCUCUGCCUCUUGGUGGAUGCACCACUAUUUUCCAGGCGGAAAUCUUUGCAAUUCUGGCUUGUGUAUCUUGCAUUCUAGAGGAGGGUGGGUGUAGGAGAAGAAUAACAAUCUUAUCCGACAGCCAGGCUGCAAUGAAGGCACUAAGUGCCUGUAAGAUUACUUCGAGCCUUGUAUUGCAAGUUUAUCUCGCAGCGAGACAUCCGGUAUCGUUAAUGUGGGUACCGGGGCACGCGGGGAUGAGGGGCAAUGAGACGGCGGACGCUCAGCCAGCAUGCUCCUUGGUCCUGAGCCACAUUUAGAAGGAAAAUGGAGAUGUGGAUUGCAAGAGAACACUCUCAAAAAUGGAGAUGUAACUCCAGACAUCUCCGUCGGGCAUGGGAACUCAUUGUAACGGGUGAUUUGAUUUUCAAAAAAAAAACACAAAGAAUUUGAAAAAACGAUUAAAUCUUUAUUUGAGUCGAUAGAACGGUCGAUAUAAUUUAAUGUUUAAAGGUCCAAUUUUGGCACACUCUCUCCAACAUAUCGGUCGGUAUCUCACGAAUAAAUGCUUCAAUAUUGGCUUCCAGUGCGCCAAUCGUUGCUGGUUUAUCCCUUUAGACAUUAGCCUUAACAUGGCCCCACAAGAAAUAGUCCAACGGCGUUAAAUCACACGAUCUAGGCGGCCAAUUGACGGGCCCCAAACGUGAGAUAAACUGUUCACCGAACUCGCCUCUCAAUAGGGCCAUUGUUUCGUGUGCGGUGUGGCAUGUAGCACCGUCUUGUUGAAACCACAUGUCAGCCAAGUCCAGCUCUGCCACUUUGGGCAAAAACAAGUUUGUUAUCAUCGCACGGUAGCGCUCGCCAUUCACAGUUACGUUCCGGCCAUUGUCGUCUUUGAAGAAGUACGGCCCGAUGAUGCCACCGGCCCAUAAUCCACACCAAACAGUGAUUUUUUUCGGGAUGCAUUGGUGGCUCUUGCAAUGCUUCUGGCUAGUCUUCACUCCAGAUGUGGCAAUUUUGCUUAAUAAGGUACCCAUUCAACCAGAAAUGAGCUUCGUCGAUGAACACAAUUUUUCGAUAAAAAUGUGGAUCUUCCUCCAACUUUGCCAGCGCCCAUUCACCAAAUUUGAAACAUUGUGGGAGGUCGUGUGGCUUCAAUUCUUGCACCAGCUGUAUCUUAUAAGGUUUUACACCCAAAUCCUGUCGCAAAAUUUUCCACGUAGUGGAGUAACAGAGGCCCAAUUGCUGCGAACGGCGGCGAAUCGACAUUUCACGGUCAUCACUAACACUGGCGGAUACAGCCGCAAUAUUUUCCUCAGUCCUCACUCUACGUCUGCGUGUUGGUGGUUUAAUGUCCAAUAAUGUAAACUGGGUUCGAAAUUUAGUCACAAGCUUUCGAAUAGCUUCCUCAGUAGGCCGACCAAAUUGCCCAUAAAUUGGAAGCAGUGCUCGAUGCACUCUCUUAACCGAGCAUGAAUUUUGAUAGUAAAAUUCAAUAAUUUGCAAGCAUUGUUCGUUCGUAAGUCGAUUCAUGGUUAAAUUAUAGACCAAACUGAACAAGUUUGACAAUGACGCAAGGCACGAUUCACGCGUCAUCUGUCAAAAACACUGUUGCCAAAAAGAUACUAGCAAAAAAAUGUUCUGCUUAUCUCUGGAUAGAGCCAACCUAUGGUUGCUUGUGGGACUGUUGUCUGGCCAUAACACGUUAAGGCGCCACCUGCAGGUGAUGGGGGUGGCUGAGGAUCCCUUGUGUGAGCGCUGCGGGGAAGAGGAAGAGACCUCGACGCACGUUCUGUGUCACUGUGAAGCUCUAAGCUACUAUAGGGGUCCAUUGCUGGACGUCAAGGAGUUUGGACUCAAGGCCAUACUCAACUUCGCUAGAAAGGAAUUUCACGAUUCAUUAAUUCAUGUUUUGAAAUUUUCUAUCAUAAUUUUUUAUAUCAACUUUAUUUUAACAAGAUAUCUACGCUUAUUCCAAAACGGGCAAAACAAACUUAAAACACUGAACCCAAGAAAAUAGCAUCUGAUGUAUCACUUGAUCAAGAGCGGAGCAUAUUUUGGUUAUGAUGGAAAAUAAAUUGGCGUCAAGUAAGUCGUAAAGGAUUAUGUUUGGUAUAACAAAUAUAAAUGACCUUCCUCUGAGAGAAAUUUCUGCAUUCCUUUACCAUGCACUUUUCACACAGCCCACAGCAGUACGGAAGCGAUUGUCGACUGUGACGUAAGACGCUUGUCCAUCGGAGGACCACGUCGCAUGCAUUGACACGCGUCUGUUGGAGAUAAGUUUUACGGGUAAAUUUAAGGGGACAUGAUGAUGGAAAUAUGGUUGAUAGGUGCCUAGAAUUAGUGAGAUUGAAGGCGUAAACAUAUACCAAUGUCAAAAAAUUGAGAUAUACCCACCCCCUGCAACCCCUAACCCCAAAUUUUUAACCACUACCAAAUUUUUCCGAAAAUGGUUUGUUUGUUGAUUUUUUUAGCAUUAAUGCUACAAUUUCAGUUUUUCAUCAAAAUCCGAGCUGUACUUUGCAAGUUAUCAAGGAGUCAAGGUAAGCAGAUAAACAGACGGAAAUGAGUGACAUGGUUUUUCGUGAUCUACAUGUCAUAUAACAUCCAAAAAACAUAACGUCUCAAUAUCGAAAUUUUUUGCGAUUACAAUACUUAUUCGCCAGUAGGCGUGGGAAGGAAAAUAGCGGCCGCACUGGUGCCGCUCAAAGUGAUUAGCAGAAAAUAAAGUAUCGCUGUAACAGCGCUAUGUUGUAAUGAACGGGACCAAUGUCCUUAAUUAAGUGAUAUAAGUGUACAGUAGAUUUAGAUAAUAUGGAGUUUUUAAUUCUUAACAUGUUUUAGCCAUGGACGUAAGAAGGACUUUGUCCACAAAUUUUGUUCAUAAAUGUGCAUGUUAUUUUUUUAUAUUAACCUCCUUUUAACAGCAGAAAAUGUGAAAAGCUAGAGCUCUUGAGUUUUUAUUUUGGUUUAUGAUGCUCGCAAUUAUGAUACUGAAAGUGCAAGGAUUCAUUCAAUUUAUAGAGAAUACACAUUUGUUCUGGCAAUUCUUUUGCUGCUCUAUACAGGGUGUUCGAAAAGUUAGGGCUUUACUCAUAACAUAUACGCCAAAUCGCCGUGUUUUUCUGGCCGAUAUGUUAGGUUCCAAAAAAUCUUAGCCGAAUCCGACAAUGCAAUACAGCUAAUGAUGAAGUUAGAAGACAUGGUACGUGUGAGUAUUUGACACGUCGUGUAGCUAAACCAAACCUCUAUAGCAAUAACUAAAUUGUUAAUAAAGGCGAGAAUUUUUAAGAUCCUGUUGUUGCGACGCGAGUGUCUUAUCAUUUUUUUUAAUGUUUCCAUCCUGCACCGCAUAUCGUUGUUUAUCUCGUACAAAGAGCUAGGCUUACAGACCGUUUAAAGAAACGUUUAGAUUGUCACCAGGCAAACUUUGAGCACAAACGUCUGUAUUACAAUCGAUUUGCAACACCGUUGAUACCUUGUACAGUAUUUAUGAGCAUCAGUACUUGAAAUUUCUUAUCAAAUGAUCGGUGAGUACUUUUUUCGUUUUUUUCUUCUCUUUCUCUCACCGCACAUUAGCUUCAUCAUUACAACUUGGCUAUUCCUGAAGAGGAAAGGAUCAACUUUCAGAACACCCUGUAUAUAAUCGGAACGAUAAAACAUGUAGAGCAUUCUGUCUUUUAAAGAGUGAGACUACAUUUGUAUUGCUACCUGAAAAUGGUAUGUGUGUUGAAGAAUCAAUAUCGUUCCAGGGUUGUUAAAUACUUGAAGAUAUAUCAAACAUUGGCGUGCAAGAGGAUGUUUAAACAUUGGAACCAUAGAGUCAAUAAUAUAAGAUCGUCUUAGAGCCAUGCAGAAAAAUGCAAUACUUAAGUAAAGUUUGUUAGUUUCUUGAUAUAUAAAAAAUAUCUAAGAACUAACAGGUCUCUGAAUUUAGUUCUGUUGCCACGUUUGAAGUACUUAGUAAACUUGAUAAUGUGAUUUUCUGGUGGCUCCAGCAGUCGAUCACUCCUUUAUAUGGUUAUAUUGAAGCGAGAUUAUACGUAAGAAUAUUUACAGGAUAAUUUAUUAAAUAAUACCAUAACUGACACUAUUUCUAAACAACAUUGUAGAGUCAUAUUUUGGAUCAAUCGAGUAUUAAUUGUAUUAGCGUAAGUAGAAAUAUGUAUAAACAUUUUGAUUCCGUUUACAUAACUCUUAUGAUAAGGUGGCAAUUCAAUAUUGUACCAUCCAGCUCGAUUGAUGUACUUGUAUUUUUAUUUAUAAGUAUUUCUAUUUAUAUAUUGAACUUUAUACACAAUAUACCAGUUACUAUAUGCCGUGGAAAAUUGCUGGACUAGAUAAACAUUCAUCUAUGCUAAUGUUCUUUGGCCAGAUCUUGUUUGAUUUCGGCUUAUUGUUCGACAUUAAUGUACAUGUGCUUAAUCAUUCUUAUACAGAAUACAUAAUAAUAAUACUGACACUACUAGUUAAAUGACGAAAGAAAGAAAUCAGGAUGAUUUUUGUGAGAGGAUAGGUCUCGUUAACAGCUUUUUUGUGGGUUUCCAUUUGAAUAGGAUUUUGAGGGGUUUUUGGGAAAAAAGUAUAGGCGAAAACGUUGCAGGUGUUCCGGGCGUAAGAAGCGUUUAUGUUCGUUAACAUUUUAAAACCCUCGGCGCUUUUCAUUUUUGACCGAUUUUACGUCGCGGGUCAUAACCGCCCACUUAACCCGCUAGAUGUAUAAAUAUAUAUUUUCCGCUAAAGUACUAGCUCUCUUUGCAUUGUGGCUUUACCUGUUUUAUAAGGUGCUUCUAUAGUUGCCUCUCGUAUUCUCUAAAGCAUUUCAAGUUUUAUCAAGUAAACGACAGAAAACAUUUUUGCUUAAAGCCAUGGGCGUCCGUAGAGGGGUGCCAGGGAGGUCCGCGGACUCCCAGGAGAAACCAGUUGGACUUUAAAAUGUGUACAUUUAGCACGACUUUAUAGACAAUUGGGACUUUACAACCGCCAGUUCUUCAAAAAGUUUUGGAGCAGGUACACUUUCAUAAAAUGCUGAGUGCUGCACACAAUUAACCCCCCUCCCCCCCCCCCCUCUUGGAAAAAAUUCCUGCCCAUCGACAUGACUCAUCGCCUAAUGUUGCUAUGGAUCUUAUCAUUUCAUUGUUUAAGAAAUUCUUGAGAUUGCUCCUUUCAAAGUAGCAUUAAAAAUUUUAGCAAUAUGUUCAAAACGUCCCAGUAUAUACUCGUAUUUUGUGAUUCUAUCGCUAUUUUUUUCACUUUUAUUUUCACCCCAGUGAACGUAUUACAUCAAUUCAUUAUUGAUGAUAAAUGCAAUACUAUAUAUUCUGUUUUAAAUUUGGUCUUAUCAUCAAUAUCAGGAUCCUUAUAUUUGUUACCACAGGUCUCCUUUAAAAUCGUAUAUUAUAUUAUGUCGACAGUGAAUAAAUAAUACAAUAUACGAAAAAUAUGAAAAAUGCAUAACUAAACACCACAGACGGUCAACCAUGGACAGUUGUUUAGUGCUUUUUGGCAACUCGUCAUCGUGGUCUAGGCUUGGUCUUAGGUGAAACAAUGAACGAAAGCAUAGCACUGUCUUGUGUGCCUACAGAUUCAAUGAUUAUGGUAUACAUUUUUCUUAUACGUAUAUAAAGGCUUUUUAUAAUUAUGGCAUUUUUAUAGUCGCGUAGAAUUAGCUACGCAUUUCAGUGAAACCUAAGCUUUAUUACCACUUUAUUUCGUCCAGCAGUUUAGUAUAGGCAUUAUUUUUUGAAAUAUUGAUUUGUUCCAUAUCUUAUUGACACACUGUAUAUUAUGUUCCAUAUUAUGAUAAUAAUUAUUACUUAUGUAAAUGAUUUAUAUAAAGUAGAAAGUGAUAGGAAAGAAGGUGUUUUAAUAAAUGUUG